AUGGCGGGAAACAACCGCUCGUCGAUGUACUCGAUGACGUCCUCAGUAGCAGGUGGCCCCCGAAACGCCAUUGCGACCGCUCAGCAAUCCACCCAGGUGUCUACGACCACUCUCCUGAACGCCGUCCAUACUAUUUACACAUCCGGCCAACCCUACCGACUAGACGCCAGCACCAGCUUGGUAGUCAAUACUUGGUUGACAGCUUCUCAAGCUGAUCAUGAAGGACGGGCUGGUGGCACCGUUGAUGCUGCGCUUGCGGCACGAGCCUGGGAGCAUGCUAGACGUCGUGCCGAAGACGGUUGUAUUGUCUUAGGGGCUCUCCAUCCGUCUACGCCCUCUGUUCUGGCACCAUUCCUAGCCACACUGCCUCUCUCUAUGCCUUCCUCACUAUAUACUGCUCUCAAUGCACUCCGGCCUUUUACCCACGCCGCUUGUCCUCAGAACCCUUCAACCCCUCGACACUCAGCCCUCGGCGUGACGUUGACGCUUAAUCUCACCGGCAACCUCACCGCGGCUGCAUUGUCGCUGUCAGAAGGCGGCAUUGACACCUCGAAAGGCUUGCUUAACAUUCCCGCAGAAGCCGGCUAUAGAGCCUUCGAUGUCUUCUACUACCUCUUGACGUCCGCCUCGACACCAGCAGAACGGGAAUUUUUGGGGCUGAAACAUGCCUCAAACUACACCCUUCUGGCAAAGUCUAGCACGUACGACCCGCCCUCAUAUCUGCCAACCGCGGACGAUGCGGCCUCCGCCGAUGACUUCCGCGCCGCAUUGAAAGAAAUUGGGAUUAAGGGUGCAGCACAUCGAAACCUGAUCUCGAUUCUAGCUGGGCUUCUGAAGCUUGGUGACACUCUGGACUUUUCACUAGACGAAGAUGCUUUGGAGGAGAUCUGUGAGGAUGUGGGUGGCUUGCUUGGGCUCGAGCCGGAUGUCCUUGUUAAGCAGUGUACAACAUCGGAGCGGGAGACUCUGAUUGGCGGGUUGUACGAGGCACUGGUCGAUUGGAUCAUUCUUAAAGCCAACGAGGCCAUCAGCAGUGAUAUGCAAAAAAUCAAGGAUGGCGACUCAUCUAGUGACGGUGGACCCGGGAUCCAAACCCCCAAUAGUGAGGAGGGUAAUAGCGACACGGUUUGCAUCACGGUGCUCGAAAUCCCAGACCCUACCCUUGGCAAAGGCGCUGCAAUGCGAGGUGUUUUCGAUGAUACCCAAGGCAUCAACUCUGAAAUGAAGGAGGAUGGUGUUGAUGUGGUUCCUGCCGGGUCAUCUGUGCUGCGGGAAAUGCAAAAUGCACUCUCAGAGGUCGGUCCUGACCUGGGAAUCAUGACUGGACCUGCCGCACGGGAGCGAGAGCAUGAACGCGAAAAACGUGAAGUUGUCCUAGAGAAAGUAGGUAGGGAAGGCGAAGAUGAUGGCUUCUUAAAGAAACUCCUCUUCCCAAUCGAUGGCGAAGGCGUAAACCUCGGCCGCGCAGGACGUCUUGACCUCCAGACAGUCCUUGGAAGCAGCCGUGUAUGGUACCAUUUGUCACUUCACCCUACCGACGAGUCUCCAGCCAGUCUUGCUGCGCUUCCGUCAACCACUUCCGCAUGGUCUGCUGGAACUGUCUCGCGGCAGUUGCGGGCAUGGCGUCUCCCAGAAUGGGCAAACCGCAGAAACAAACACCUAGACUUCACCGCUGACUUUGACUUCGAUGAAUUCUGCCAGCGAUAUGCCCUGCUUGGUUGCAAGGAUGGCAGGGAUGGCAUUGAAAGCUGGGUUAUGGAACGUGGAUGGAGUAAUGGAGAAGUCGUCGUUGGCAAAGAGCGUGUAUGGAUGCGGGAAAGUGCUUGGUGGGAGGCAGAAGGAAUGCUUGAUUUGAAGCCCACGAACGAAGGAGGCUUCACCAGCCUUGGCGGUAUGGUUGGUGCUGAUACGCUUGAGUCGGGUUAUUCAAACGGUCAGAAUGGUGGUGGGUUCUUCCCUCCUAUGAUCGAAUCGUCGCCGCAUGGAAGCCGAGAUCAGCUUGUUCAGAACCGCCAAAGCUCGAUAACCAUGGCUCGCAGUGGACUUGGCGCUCGCUCAGUUGCCCCUUCAAGAAACAUUAGCGGCGGCGAUUACGGCCUUGGGUAUAAGGGUGACGACAUGAAAGGCCAGGUAUACUACACCAACGAGAUGGGUGAGUUGGUCAACGGCAUGGACCCUGAACUCGCCGAACCGAAGAGCAUCACAACUGAAGAGAUGACAAUCAGCCGCCGCAUCUGGGUUGGCGUGGUGUGGGCGCUGACUUUCUGGAUCCCUUCCUUUCUGCUUCGUUACAUUGGUCGUAUGAAGCGGCCAGACGUCCGUAUGGCCUGGCGCGAGAAGCUUGUGUUGGUCUUCUUUAUCUUCCUUAUGAACGCUAUGAUCGUAUUCUGGAUCAUUGAGUUUGGAAGGCUCCUCUGUCCAAACUUCGAUAAAGCUUGGAAUGAGAAAGAAGUCUCUACUCACCAAGGCGAUAACGAUUUCUAUGUCAGUAUCCAUGGGAGAGUCUAUGAUAUCUCAAAAUUCUGGAAGACACAACACAGCGAUAUAGCGAUCAAAACCUCCAAGGACAACAUGCAGCCAUUUGCCGGCCUGAAUCUCGAUGGGUACUUCAUUCCACCACUUACGGUUGCCUGCCCGGGACUUGUCACCGACGACACUCUAGUUCUAUUGUCCAGUCCCAAUACCACGGUCAUGUAUCCCGAUGCUAAGCAUUCGGCUGGCAAACUCUACCCUGAUCCCAAUAGCAAAUUACACGAUAUCACCUGGUAUGGCUCGGUAUUUCUGCCCCGGAUCAAAGAAUUCUACAAGGGGGAUCUAGUAACCAAGAAAUCCAAAAUUACUUCUGAAGGCCAGGAUAAUAACCGUUACUGGUUCAUACUUGAUAACAAGAUCUACGACCUGAUAGAUUACUUCUAUACCUUGGACACCCAGGGCAAUUUGCCGAUUUAUCAAUUUAUCGACCCUACCGUCGCCAAGAUCAUCACCAACAACCCAGGCCUAGAUAUCACCAAGGACUGGAACGAAAACUUUGACAAUGCCAACGCAACGCAACAAGUCCUUCUCAAGAAUACAUUGAACUGCUUCAACAACGCCUUCUACACCGGUAUCCCUGAUUUCCGCGACUCGGUUAAAUGCCAAGUAAAUAACUACCUCCUCCUUGCUUUCACAGUCAUCUUGUGCGCUGUCAUCUUGGUCAAGUUCCUGGCUGCUCUCCAGUUUGGUUCUAAGCGACGUCCACAGCCCCAAGACAAGUUUGUUAUUUGCCAGGUCCCCGCCUAUACCGAAGGCGAAGAUUCAUUGCGGAAGGCUUUGGAUUCAUUAACUGCUCUGCAAUACGACAACAAGAGGAAGCUAAUCUGCGUCAUUUGUGACGGCAUGAUUGUAGGAGGUGGUAACGACAGGCCAACGCCCAAAAUUGUCUUAGAUAUCUUAGGGGUUGACCCUAAGAUUGACCCUCCCGCUUUGCCCUUCAAGUCCGUUGGCGAGAGCAACGAGCAGCUCAAUUACGGAAAAGUAUAUUCUGGUCUCUAUGAAUACGAAGGCAACGUUGUCCCGUACCUUGUUGUGGUCAAGGUCGGCAAGGAAUCUGAGCAGUCGAAGGCAAAGCCUGGCAACCGAGGAAAGCGAGACUCUCAGAUUCUGCUUAUGAGCUUCUUGAACCGAGUGCACCACCGGUCACCUAUGUCCCCGCUUGAGCUAGAAAUGUUCCAUCAAAUCAACAAUAUCAUUGGUGUCGACCCUGAACUAUAUGAGUAUCUAUUGAUGGUAGACGCCGAUACCAGCGUCCGGGAGGAUUCCUUGAAUCGUCUAGUGGCUGCUUGCGUAAAUAACGCCAAGAUUGCAGGUAUCUGUGGUGAAACCAGUCUCGAGAAUGAGGAAAGGUCAUGGUGGACUAUGAUCCAAGUUUACGAAUACUUCAUCUCUCAUCACUUGGCCAAGGCCUUCGAAUCACUUUUCGGCAGCGUUACUUGUUUACCUGGAUGCUUUUCCAUGUACCGUCUUCGAACAGCUGACAAAGGAAAACCUCUCAUCAUUUCGGACGCUGUCCUUAAUGAAUACAGCGAUUGCGUUGUCGACACACUACACAAGAAGAAUUUACUGUCCCUCGGUGAAGAUCGUUAUCUCACCACGCUCAUGACCAAACAUUUCCCAUACAUGUCAUACAAAUUCAUCCCCGAUGCGUAUGCCUGUACCGCCGCACCCGAAACAUGGAGCGUCCUUCUAUCUCAGCGGAGAAGGUGGAUCAAUUCCACAAUCCACAAUCUUGCUGAGCUAGUUUGGCUCAAGGAGCUGUGCGGAUUCUGCUGUUUCAGCAUGAGAUUCGUUGUCUUCAUUGAUUUAUUUGGUACCAUCAUUCUGCCAGCUACCUGCGCCUAUCUUGUAUACCUUAUCUACAGGCUUGCCACGAACACAGGCCAAUUCCCCAUAAUCUCCAUCGUCAUGUUAGCAGCUGUAUAUGGUCUCCAGGCUUUGGUUUUCAUCCUCAAGCGGCAAUGGCAACAUAUCGGAUGGAUGAUCAUUUACAUUUUAGCAUUCCCCAUCUAUUCUUUCGUCCUCCCUGUCUACUCCUUCUGGAACCAGGACAACUUCUCGUGGGGUAACACCCGCGUUGUCAUAGGCGAGAAGGGCAGCAAGCAGGUGAUUGCAAUCGAUGAUGAUGGCUUCGACCCUCGCAGUAUUCCCCUCCAGCGAUGGGAUGACUAUGCUCUUGUUAACAACCUUCCCGGUCGUCGCGGCGUCCCUGUCGAAAAGAAUUAUGACAAUUACGAGGACACUUACGAGAUGGAUGAUAUGAAAUCCAUGUACUCGUCCGUCAAGCCCGCCUCAACAAUUCUUACAGGGUUCCCUGGCCGUAGUGGAGCCUUCGUGCCACCACAAUCGCCUGGAUUUGGCGGAAUGCGUCAAUCGGUCUAUUCAACACCGUACAUGGAGCAACCUGGUGCUGGCGCUGCACGCCAAUCGAUGAUGUCGCUCGGUGGCGGACUGCAAGAUCGUUCCGCAUCCCCUUAUCAAGAUUACCCGCAGGCGCGACCAAACAUGGGUAUGAUGCCCUCCUCUGACAAUUUCCUCAACGCUUCACGCAGCACAAUUGGAUUCACAGGUGGCGCCCGCACCCCCCUCGGACAAGACGCAGCUCCAAGACCCGUCAGUCAAUUCGAUUUCCAGCGAGGCAACAGCGGGCCAGAUGACAUGAUGAUCGUAGAGGCUAUCCAGUCCUGUCUGAGAGAAGUGGAUCUGGAUACUGUGACCAAGAAACAGGUCCGCGCCUUGGUCGAGCAGAGAUUGCAGACCGAAUUAGUGGGAGAGAGGAGGACAUUCCUUGAUAGAAUGAUUGAUUCCGAGUUAGCUAAUAUGUAG